GUCAGAUCUCGUCAAAGACGAGGAACCUCUCUAUGAGCAGUGUAUUUAUUGAUGUGCAUUAUUCGUGAAUAACUCGAGCAAUAACAUUUAGUUUUAUAACCUUAGACGAUUGUUAAUAAUAAUUGAAGUGAUUUCACAAUGGUUCGUGGAGGAAUUCGAGGAAGGAAUAUGAGAGGCAUGGGUCGAGGAGGAUUCAAAAGCCGCACUUUCAUACCAAGACAGCCUUUUGAUUUGACUAUGUGCGAACUUGCAUUUCCCAGAGCUCAGCCCCAAGUAGACGACACUUUGUUCACACAAGCCCUAUUGAAACGAAAUACCGAUUUAACCCCAACCCCUAACGAACAAACUGCUAUUUUAAACUUAGUGACGAAGAUACAAAAUGUACUUGAUAAUCUUAUAGUAGCACCCGGCGAAUUCACUAGCUGUCAGUUAGAAGAAGUUCGUCAAGUUGGGAGCUUCAAAAAGGGUACUAUGCUGACAGGUAAUAAUGUUGCAGAUAUAGUAGUGAUUUUAAAAAGCUUACCCACAAAAGAGAUAGUAGAUGCACUGAGAAAAAAAGUAGAGGAAGACCUCAAAGCCUCAAUGAAAACUGAAGUCAUUCCUGCGAACAAUGUGAUCUCAACAGAGAAUACAGCUAGUGGUUUUAAUGUAUCAAACAAAGAAGCAGUUGUGUGCAUUAUGAUCACAACUUUACCACAAAACAUCAGGAAAGUAGAACCAGAAACCCAUUUAGAUUAUAAAGUACUUCAUAAACAUCUUUCAGCUAUACGGCAUAGCCGUUGGUUUGAAGAAAAUGCACAUCAUUCUUCAAUUAAAGUAUUGAUAAGAAUUCUCAGAGAUAUGAAGAACCGAUUUGAAGGGUUAGAUGGAUUAACACCCUGGAUGUUAGAUCUCCUAGCCCAUUUAGCAAUAAUGAAUAAUCCAAGUAGACAAGCUUUGCCUUUGAACCAAGCCUUUAGGAGGGUAUUUCAGCUGUUAUCAUCAGGAUUAUUCCUUCCUGGUUCAUCAGGAAUUUCAGAUCCUUGUGAGAGUACUCAUUUUCGUGUUCACACAGUUCUUUCAUUAGAACAACAAGAUAUGAUAUGUAUGACAGCUCAGACCUUAUUAAGAAUUUUAUCACAUGGGGGUUAUAAACAGCUUUUAGGCUUAGAAGGGGAUUCGUCAAUAGCUAAAGAAAUGACUGUAUGGAGUGGGGUAGUAGUCAGUCCAUCAGAACCAGUGUAUGAAAAACCUCCUGCAGAUAUCAAGAAAGAACCCGAUGAGAUGAUGUUGAUAUGGAGGAAGAUGGAAUGAACGAUUCUGCUGGCCAAGAACAACUUGAUGCAAUAGAUAGAUCUUUGUAAAACAUGAGAUGUUUUAUUAUAUUCAGGAACAAUUGCUAAAUAUUUUUAUUUGGUAGGUAGUACGAAAGACCUUCUUACCAAAUCUCUGUGAAGUUUAUUUCACUUUAAUUUCAUGCCUUCA